AUGGAGGGCGGCGGGGACGGGUCGCCGCCGGGCUCAGUCUCGGCCUCCCCCGCGGGGGAGGCGGGCGGAGGCGGCGGGAUCUCGCUGCACGGUUUCCGGGGCCGCCUGGCCGAGCAGCCCGUGCACUUCCACGCCAUGCGCCUGCGGGGCUCGCUCUUCCUGUGGGUCGGGGAGGAGGAGGCCCCCCGCCUCAGCAACUUGGCCGUGGCCAUGUGCACCCCCCGCGACUCCAUUCCAGCAUCUACGUCACUCCUUGGCGAUGCCUCCGACAGCACCUCAAACUCUUUAGCUCAAAGAUUAGCCAGCAAGACUAAAAAACAGAUUUUUGUCAGCUAUAAUAUUAAAAAUACAGACAACAGCUUCAUACUACUUGUAGAAAACCGAAUCAAGGAAGAAAUGAAAGCUUUUCCAGAAAAGUUUUAGCUUGGAACCG